CGUGUCUUCAAGUGUCGUGCAUGCAUUUUAUGCAUCUGUUGCUUUGCAUGCACUCUCUCUCCUCUUUUUUUUUCUCUCUCUCUCUCUAAAAACACACGCUUUCUUGGUCUUACCCACACGCACAGCCCCACUACCGCCGUAACGCUCUCUCUCACCCUCCAUGAACCACCGCCAAUCUCAAUCCACUUCACUCUGGUUUGUUUGUUUGUUUGUUUGAAUGACCAAUUCUAGAUUGGGGCCUAAAGAUUUUGGACAAGACUUCGAUUUUGGGUUAAUGGGGUCCAAGAUUUGCAUGAAUGCUUCGUGUAAAGCGACCAAUACGCACGAAUGGAAGAGAGGCUGGCCUUUACGAUCCGGUGGAUUCGCCGAUCUUUGCCACAAGUGCGGAUCUUUCUUUGAGGAUCUGCUUUUCUGUGAUAAAUUCCACCCGGAGGAAACUGGUUGGAGGGAAUGCAGUUUAUGCAACAAGCGUAUCCACUGUGGAUGCAUAAUGUCUAAGCCUUUGUAUGAGUACCUGGAUUUUGGGGGUGUAGAGUGUAUCAGCUGUGCAAAGAGCUCUGGACUUUAUUCGAUCUGGAGGGGUGAAAUUCCUAAUGGAUUUGGUUCAUUUACAUUGAAUAAUGCUGGUGAUUCAUUAUCCAGUCCUUUUGAGAAAAAUUUGGUCAGUGAGAGUGUCAAUGAGGGAAAACUUAUGCAAUUGUGCAGAAUUGCAGAGGAUAAUGCACCAAACCUUUUGCCUCAAUCUCAGACAGGAGAAGCAAAUGCAUCUCAAGUUGGUACAGUCUUUUCUAAUGUGACUCAACCAUCCGUCGGAUCAGUAACAUUUGCCAAGUCAGAAAGUAGUAGACAAUUGUUAGAGGGUAAAGAUAUGCAUGAAUCGUUAACUCAGCCGUCUUUGAGUAUGACCUUGGGAACUCCAAAUUUCAUGAUACCAUUUUCUGGUGGAGCUUUAGAUGAGCAGAGCAAAACACAUUCUCCCUUACAAAAAGGGCAAAGAUCUCGCCCUAUAUUGCCCAAACCCCUAAAAAGUGGCCUCAGUGCAAGUUCAGAGACAAAUAAGGGGGUGAUUCAGAUGCGAAUUGCUAGGCCACCUGCUGAAGGACGGGGGAAGAAUCAAUUACUUCCUCGAUACUGGCCAAGGAUUACUGACCAAGAGCUGGAGAAAUUAUCUGGAGAUUUGAAUUCCACUAUUGUGCCAUUGUUUGAGAAAGUGCUGAGUGCCAGUGAUGCUGGUCGAAUUGGUCGUUUGGUUCUCCCAAAAGCAUGUGCUGAGGCAUAUUUUCCUCCUAUUUCUCAAUCAGAAGGCUUGCCUUUAAGGAUUCAAGAUGUGAAGGGGAAUGAGUGGACAUUUCAGUUCAGAUUUUGGCCCAAUAACAACAGCAGGAUGUAUGUUUUAGAGGGUGUAACCCCUUGCAUACAGUCUAUGCAAUUACGAGCGGGUGACACUGUAACAUUUAGUCGGAUAGAUCCCGGAGGCAAACUUGUAAUGGGGUUUCGAAGGGCAUCAAACACUGUUGAUACACAGGAUGCCCACACAUCUGCCCUUCCUAAUGGCACACCAUCUGGGGAAACCUCCUUCUCUGGUGUUAUUGAGAAUCUGCCUUCAGGAAACGGUUACUCUGGGCUUUUUCAAACAAUGAAAGGAAGCACAGAAACUCACCUAAUCUUAUCUGAAAAUUUGCAUUCCGGGGAUGGGGAUAUCAGGUUGCAUACAAGUGAUAACCAUGGACUUGGGACAAAUGAAGAUUCUCUGCAGCAACCAUUGCCAAUUUCAGAGAAGAAGAGGACUCGAAAUAUUGGUGCUAAAAGUAAGAGACUGCUAAUGAAUAGUGAAGAGGCUUUGGAGCUGAGACUUACAUGGGAAGAAGCACAGGACUUGCUUCGUCCACCUCCAGGUGUCAAGCCUAGCGUUGUUACUAUUGAGGACCAUGAAUUUGAGGAAUAUGAUGAACCUCCUGUUUUUGGAAAAAGGACUUUAUUCACUGCUCGGCCAUCUAGGGGCCAGGAACAAUGGGCUCAGUGUGAUGACUGCUCCAAAUGGCGAAGGUUGCCUGUGGAAGUUCUUCUCCCUCCAAAAUGGACAUGUUCAGAAAAUGAAUGGGAUUCAAGCAGGUGUUCCUGUUCUGUUCUGGAGGAGAUCAGUCAAAAGGAAUUGGAGAAUCUUUUGAGAGCAAGCAAAGCCCCCUCUAUAUCUUCCCCAGAUUUCAAGAAGCGAAGAAUUGUGGGAAGCCAUAAGUCAGCUCAAGAACGUGAGCCUUCUGGCUUGGAUGCUCUGGCUAGUGCUGCAGUUCUGGGAGACAAUGUGGGGGAUUCAGGUGAACCAUCGGUUGGAGCCACCACCAAGCAUCCCCGACACCGCCCUGGUUGCAGUUGUAUUGUGUGCAUCCAGCCCCCAAGCGGGAAGGGUAAGCACCCCCCCACCUGCACAUGCAAUGUAUGCAUGACUGUAAAGCGCAGGUUUAAAACCCUUAUGCUGCGCAAGAAGAAACGCCAAUCAGAACGUGAAGCAGAGACUGCCCAGAAGGAUCAUAAGCACCCUAGGAAUAAAUCAGAAAUGAAUGGCAAACCCAAAGAUGCACAGUUGCCAACGAAUCAUCUGGAGCAUGAAGCAAGUCAGAGUAGAAUUAAAGCUGAGGUGGCUGGGACUAGCAAUGGACAAAUAGACCUGAAUUCUCAUCCCAAUCGUGAAGACAUGCAACUGGAUCUGGAUGUACCAGGAAUGAGCCUGUUUAGCCUUGUUCAAGCAGCCAGCAUUCCAUUAGAGGAUUAUAUAGAGCAAAGGAUGACAAGCUUUACAUGUGAUCAACAGGGUAGUCUAGGUUCCGGUAUACACCCACAAGUUUCUGGAGAGAACAAGAAACGCUUGUCUGAUGAAGGGAGCCUUGCAUCUGGGGUUUGGGAGCAUGAGAGUAGAGGUGAUGGAGGAAGUUAUCAUGAGUCCAAUUUAGAUUGAAACCAUCUUUAAUGAAAGAGUUUUUUUUUUUCCUCCUCUCUCUCUCUCUCUUUGAAAGUAUAGUUUUGUUUGUUUUCUAAUAUUAAUGAGGCGGUGUUACAAAUCUUUCUCUCUACAAUUUACAAAUGUAAUCUCUUUUUUUUUUUA